AUGCCAGGGGGACCUUUAGAUCUUGAAAGCCAGCUUGUGUUUUAUCGGAAAUACCAUUUCAACCACAAAAACGUUGCCAUCCAUUUGGGUUGCAUUCCAUUGAUUCUAUUGUCUGCGAUUGCCUUGGCUACAAGAACGACAAUCCUCGGCAAGGACCAUCCAUAUAUCUCCACCGGAUCGAUAGUGGCAUGGACUUAUGGGCUUUACUAUGCCAUCUUGGACUGGCAGCUUGGUAUUCCUAGCUUCGGAGUUUUGGUAACCUUUGCCUACCUCAUUAGGUCUUUCUACCUCAGCUUAGGCCCCGAGUCUAUAAUCAGCCAGUCACAAUUUACUCAAAUUGCGUUGGGCAUUCACAUUGUCUGCUGGUUGGCCCAGUUUUAUGGACAUGCUGUGCAUGAGAAGAGAGCCCCUGCUUUGAUGGACAACUUGCUUCAAGCUCUUGUGCUUGCCCCUUUCUUUGUUGUAUUCGAGAUUGCUUUUGCUUUAGGCUACAAGUUGGAUAUCAAGAAGAAUAUGGAUAACAAAGCUGGUAAGUUGGUUAUGGAGAUGAACAAAAAAGAAAAGGAGAAGAAGGCAACUUGA